UCUCAAAAGAAAGCCUUGAACAUUUAUUGCAGAUAAUUUUCCUUUGAUACAUUAGCUGACAUGUGAGCAUUGUGUACUAAAGUGCGAUCCUUGAGGGAUCAAGAAAAACGGGUUUGAGCAGGGAGUGUAGAAUAUUGUUAAUAGUUCAUACGUCAAAGGGAAAUCAGAAAGGUGCUUACUGAAGGCAAGACGUUGACAGUAUGGCAGCCUGGACUGUGUGGACACUCCUGAUGUUUACAGCCCUCACUGGGCAAGGGUAAAAGGCUCAGGAUUGUGGAAUGGCUCCUCUGAACACAAAGAUAGUGGGAGGUGAGAAUGCCACAGCUGGGUCAUGGCCCUGGCAGGUCAGCAUGCACAUCACUGCUACAGAGAUGCACGUUUGUGGAGGGACCCUCAUCAGUGACCAGUGGGUACUCACAGCAGCCCACUGCAUAAUAUCCAAGUCCAGACUUACUUCAGGAGGUUCAGAUUCCUGUCAUUGGACAAAAGCAGUGCAGUUGCAACUACGUCCCAGUAUCAGACGCAAACAUCACUGAUGAAAUGAUAUGUGCGGGGCAAGAGAACAAAGGAGCAUGCCAGGGGGACUCAGGUGGACCAUUGCAAUGCAAACAAGGGGGAGUGUGGAUCCAGGCUGGCAUUACCAGUUUUGGAAUACCUUGUGCCCUGGCUGGUUUCCCUGAGGUCUAUGCCCGAGUGUCUCAGUUCCAGAAUUGGAUCAUGGAUCAAGUGGUAGGGGCCAGUGUUGGCUUUGUGAAGUUCACCUCCAAUGGCGUGGACCAGGACAGCAGCUUUGUGUGUCGCAGUGCAGACAAUGUAACCUCUGUAGCCACAGCACUAACCGUUGAGUUUGGGUUUGUUGUCAUCUCAGUGACAGUUUUUAACCUUUUUCUUUAAGGAACCCCUUAUCUAUCAUUGAGUAUUUGAUUUAAUAUACAAUGCAUAGGAAUAAUAGUGCAGAAUAACUGAUAAACUGAACAAUUAACACUUCAUUAUUAACCCAAAUAAUUAACGCAAAAACUGCAGGAAGUUUGUAUAAAAUUAGCAAUUUUGAGCAGAUUAUUUCCUUUGAAUAUUGCAUCAGGGAUGAGUUUUCCUCAUAUUUUUAGAAAUGUUUAAUACAAUCUUCCUGCUGUAUGUAUAGUUUUCUUUUUUCCCUUUUUGGUUGGUUUAGCAGCAUAUUAAAUGCUGAAAUAUAGGCCUAAAAGCUGAAGGCCUGAAGCUUUGGCGACCGCUAAGUAGGGUUCGGGACCCCCGGGUGUGCUCUAUAGCACAGAUUUGCACUAACAACGUCUCUACUUCUUCUAUUGUGUUGUGCUAUGUCUGUCUUUUGAAUCAUUUUUAAUGUAUACAAUUAUUGCAUAAUUGUAGCUGAGUUUGUAUGAUCAAAGUUUUUGCAUUGCACUUAAUUCUUUCCAUCCCACAAACUUAAUUUAACACAUAGCCGACAUCUUCUACCAGCCAUUUUUAUAGACAAUGGUAUGGAGAGCAAUCAUGUUAUCAGUUGACCUGCAAUGCACUUCAGUGCACAAAAAUAAAAUGUGGUUUGUUUUGCUUUAUUAGUCACAAUGUGUUGAAAUAAAAGACUGAUGAUUAGUGUGGUAUUUGUAGUAUUACUGAUAGGUAAAAUGACUUGUAAUUAUGUACAAUGGUGAAAAAAUAUUAAGAUUUCAGCAUAUAAAGAGCAUUUA